GGACGCAGCCCCGGGGCGGGAAGCGCCGCGCAUGCGUAGCGCCGCCACACCUCACCGCGCCGCCGCAGCGAUGGCGGCUGCUGGCGGUUGAACCGAGCGUUUGCUGCCCCGCGCCGGGCCUGGGGAGAGGCGGUGGCCCGCAACAUGGUGCGGUGUGGAGGAGCGGCGCUGCGGAGGUAUGGAAACUUCAUCGAUGACUUGCGGCUGUAUGUGAGAGGAGGAACGGGUGGAAUGGGUUAUCCCCGGCUGGGUGGGGAAGGAGGGAGAGGUGGCGAUGUCUGGUUCAUUGCCCAGGAGAGAUCCACCCUAAAGAGCAUAAAGGCGAGGUACCCGCAGAAGCGAUUUGUGGCUGGAACAGGAGCCAACAGCAGUGUUAAAGCACUGAAAGGUGAAAAAGGAAAGGACUGUGAAGUGCAUGUGCCACCAGGGAUUUCAGUUCUUGAUGAUGAUGGGAAGAAGAUUGGAGAACUUAAUGGAGCAGGAGAGAGAUUCCUGGCAGCUCGGGGAGGCCUUGGUGGCUCUUUGGCCACGAACUUCUUGCCUUGCAAAGGCCAGAGGCGAAUUGUUCAUCUUGAUUUGAAACUUAUAGCUGAUGUGGGCUUAGUUGGGUUUCCAAAUGCAGGAAAAUCAUCCUUGCUAAGCAAGAUUUCUAAGGCCAAACCUGAGAUUGCAAAUUAUGCAUUUACAACGAUACAGCCUGAGCUAGGAAAAAUCAUGUAUGAAGAUUUUAAACAGAUUUUAGUAGCUGAUCUCCCAGGACUGAUUGAAGGUGCACAUAAGAACAAGGGGAGGGGACACAAAUUUCUCAAACAUGUGGAAAGAACCAAACACCUCCUCUUAGUUGUUGAUAUUUCUGGGUUUCAGCUCUCUAGUAAGACUCAGUUCAGAACAGCCUUUGAAACUGUAUUGCUUCUAACAAAGGAAUUGGAGCUGUACAAUGAAGAACUUCUGACAAAGCCUGCACUUCUUGCCAUUAAUAAAAUGGAUUUGCCUUGUGCAAAAGAUAACCUGAAUGAACUUAUGAAACAAUUACAGAAUCCUGAAGACUUCUUACACUUAAUAGAGGAAGAAGUGAUUCCUGAGAACACAAUUGAUUUCAGAGAUAUAAUUCCUAUAUCUACAUAUACUGGAGAAGGAAUUGAGGAACUAAAAGCAUGUGUAAGAAGAUCACUAGACGAGGAAGCAGAGCAGGAGAACGAAGAAUAUCGGAAAAAGAAACUAUUACUUUUACACACUUCAGGAGAACAAAUGAAUAAAGGCUAGCAUUCUUGUGUAGAUUUUAAUAUAUUUUUGUAUGUUCAUGAACUCAUUGCUAUAUGGAGCUUCCUUUUUAUUUUUGAUCCCUCUACCACCACUGCCCAGCCAUGCUGAGCAGAGCAGGUUUUCAGGUUUAUGCUGACUACUGACUGAACUAGACAGAGAACAAAGUGCAGCUCAAAGCAUUGCCUAACAAUUGAUGAACCCUGAAAUAUUGUUUGCUGCACACUGGACGAACAGAAGAACUAAAACCUAUGGAGGUAGCAAAGGAGCAACUUGAACCACUCGUACCUUUUGUCAUGAAUCUCAGAGGCACCCGGGGAAAUCUCUGAUGGAGGAAUUUUCCAGGUUCUAUUGCUUCAGAGGUGAACUGGUAUUGCUGCUCUGACAGAUGGUGGGUUUUUGUUAUUUUUAAAGAUCUAAAGGAGGACACAAAUAAGUAGUCACAAGAAAGCAACAUGUAGGAGCGUGGAAAAGCAAGGCUGAUGCCUGCUGGUUUGUUUUCCACACCUGCUGGUGCUUGCUGUACUUUUCUUCAUUAUGUAAACCCUGAUCCUAUAUUCCCAAACCUAAUUUGGCAGUUCUCCCUUUUAUGGAGGUGUGGUGGAGAAAAUGAGGGCUGCUUUUCAGCAGAGCCCCGUGUUUUGGGGAUUAGAUUUUACAAGCAGCACGUUUAAAAGGUAAAAUGUUAAAAUAGAAGUCGUUUGUUGUACAGGAUGUCUUUUCUUGAUCGCAAUUAAAAUAAGAUGGAG